CAUCAACACAUGCAUAACAAAUUUAGAGAGACUAUUAACAUAAACCUUCUGUUUGAAAAAGAAAAAAAAAAACUGAGGGUUUCUCAAUCUCUCAUCUUUGUUGCCAUAAUUGCUUUAGUCAUCUUCUUUGCAAAUGCUUAUGAUCCAAGUCCGCUACAAGACUUCUGUGUGGCCACUGAUGACUUAAAUGGCGUUUUUGUGAAUGGUCGAUUCUGUAAAGAUCCAAGGCUAUCCGAUGCAAAAGAUUUUUUCUUCUCAGGCCACAACAUUCCCGGGAACACCAAUAAUCAAGUUGGCUCAAAUGUGACGACUGUUAAUGUUGAUCAGAUCCCAGGGUUAAGCACCAUGGGAAUAUCAUUAGUCCGCAUAGACUAUGCGCCAUACGGCCAAAAUCCCCCUCACACGCAAACGCUGUGUUCGGGUCAAACCCUCAGAUUUAUCCAGAGCUUCUGGCCAAGGCUUUCCAGGUUGAUGCAAGUAUCGUUAAAGAAAUUGAAGCCAAGUUUGGGUCCACGGUACCUUGAUAUAAAUUGUUAUAGUGUUUAUCAUUGUAACACCCACUUACAAAUGCAAUACUAAGAAAUAAUCAUGUCUUAUAAAGUAAAAAAUGAUUGUUCACCUAAC